AGAUGACUACAGAUAACAUAACCUCCACCACCCCCUUCACCACCACAGAAUACAUCGUUCCCGUCAUCCCUGAAGUGGACAUCAUCUACUUCACCAUAAUCGUAACCUGCUUCCUGGUAGGAACAACCGGCAACACCCUCGCACUCAGAUACUUUCUCACCAAGACACGUGACAUACCCACCAGCAUCUACAUCAUUAUAUCAGUAGUGGACAUCACCAUCAGUGUCCUGAUCCUUCCAGUCAGUCUCCCCUACAUUCUCUGGAACAGGAGAGGAUGGCUCCUGGAGGAUUCCACUGCUGUCUGUAUUGUAUGGGGCAUGCUGUGGUACAUAUUCUCCACGCUAACCAUCUUCCUGGUGGCUAUGAUGAGUAUUACACGCACCAUACAGAUAGCUCUACCGUUCAGAAACCUCAAGAAACGCAUAAUAAUAGGGAUUAUUGUGUUUUAUGUUGUGGUGCUGUUUGUACAGAGCACUAUACCCAUGUGGGUGGGGAAGCAGUAUGAGUUUGAGUACGCUUCCACUACCCACUGCACCUGGAGGAACAGUAUCUUGGGUAAAGGAACUGUAGCAUUCCACGCUUACACUCAGGUGAUCUUCUUCGAGAACUACUUCCCCAUCUUCCCCAUUCUCAUCUCCUGUGUCCUAACAAUACGGUCCCUGAAGUCCUCAGAAAACAGUGCCCUGAACAGAGCGAACAGGGAAGUGACCAUCACCAUCAUCCUCUUCACCGUGCUCUACAUGGUUUGCAACUUCCCUCCAGUUGUCAUGCACCUCAUCACAAUCAUCAGUCAGACCUUCACGCUCAAUACUGAUCUACAUGGGUUUGAUAAGCCUUACUGGUACUGGUUUAAGUUCUACAUGAUCCUGCUGGUACCCCUCAACUCGGCCCUCAACCCUAUUGUGUAUCUGUGGAGGAUGAAGAAGAUGAGGGAGUCUACACAGACGAUGGUGAAGAAGUGUCUGGCGACUGCGAGGGUGGGCUCUCCGCUCAUCAGUACGAGGAAAAUGUCCAUGACUGCGGUUACUAAAGUCUGAGCAGAAGAGACAGGUCACUUUAACAGUCAGCAGCUAGGAGAUAACCUUAGCUAGGAGAAAAAACAGAGAAACAGCUAGAGUUUGAAAAGGUGGCAGAACAAAGAGAGGUCAAAACAGUUAUCAUAUCCUGGUUUGAAGUAACGUACUGAUUUCUGAACCACAUCGCCAUGUUUGAACCACAUCGCCAUGUUUGAACCACAUCGCCAUGUUUGGACGAUUAAUAUACCAUAGCAUCUUACAGUUAAACUCAAUAUUUGGUAACAUUAUUUAUGAGAUAAGUGUGCUGUUGAUGUGAUUUAUGUUUUAAUAAUGUAAUGUUAGUAUUUUAUUUGGGAGUGUACAUUUAGUGAUCAGACUGAUUUAGCACCGAUAAGUAUCAAUGAAAUGAGUUUCAUAAAAAAUUAAUAUAUUAAUGUUAGCGAAAUUAAGCUUUAAAUGAUUGACACAAUCUCAAUUUAAUAAAAAUGAAAAUUUUAGCAGAUAUAAACUUAUAAAGAAUCGUCUGAAGGCUACUUAUCAGUGAUUAUGUUUGAUUUGUAGCGAUUGUUAAUUGUUAUAAUUGUUAUCUUGAUUGUUGGCAUUAC